GGUCUCGGCGGGCCGUGCGGGGACGUCAUAGGGCCGGGGGAGCAGCCGGGCCUUCCUGUGACGGCCAUUUCCUGCUCGCCCCGGGGCCGGCGGUGGCGGUCUCGCUCCCUGACGGGCUCGGCGGGCAGCGAUGCGGGCCCGGGGCCCUGGCGGCAGGCGGCCCCCGCCGUGAGGAGCCGGGGGGCUGCGACAGGCCGGGCCCUGUACAGGGCGCAUGGAGGCGCCCCCCGCCCGCAGAGAGGUGUGACCCCCGCUCCUCGUGCGGGCCUCGGAGCCGCCCCGGCCUGGAGAAGAAUUGGGGCGCGAGGCCUUCGGCAGAGCAUCGCCCUCAGAGCUUUCUCAGCUGACUGCUGAGAGAUGAAGAAGUUCUUCGACUCGCGCCGGGAACAGGGCGGCUCUGGGCCCGGAUCGGGCACCAGCGGCGGCGGUGGAGGCAGCGGAGGGCCCGGCAGCGGUUACAUCGGCAGAGUGUUCGGCAUCGGCCGCCGCCAGGUGACGGUGGACGAGGUGCUGGCGGAAGGUGGAUUUGCCAUAGUGUUUCUUGUGAGGACAAACAAUGGGAUGAAAUGUGCCCUGAAGCGGAUGUACGUCAAUAAUGAGUACGACUUGCAAGUAUGCAAAAGAGAAAUCCAAAUCAUGCGAGAUCUAUCUGGCCACAAGAACAUUGUAGGAUACAUUGAUUCCAGUAUAAACUCAGUAAGCAGCGGUGAUGUGUGGGAAGUGCUGAUAUUAAUGGACUUCUGCCGAGGAGGACAGGUGGUGAACCUCAUGAACCAACGACUUCAGACAGGGUUCACAGAGAAUGAAGUCCUGCAGAUCUUCUGUGACACCUGUGAAGCUGUAGCAAGGCUGCAUCAGUGUAAAACACCGAUAAUCCACAGGGAUCUGAAGGUUGAAAAUAUCCUGCUACAUGAUCGUGGCCACUAUGUCCUCUGUGACUUUGGAAGUGCUACCAACAAAUUCCAGAACCCUCAAACAGAAGGGGUGAACGCGGUGGAAGAGGAGAUCAAGAAGUACACUACGUUAUCUUACAGAGCACCAGAAAUGGUCAACCUGUAUAGUGGCAAACUUAUCACUACAAAAGCAGACAUAUGGGCCCUCGGCUGUUUGCUGUACAAGCUGUGUUACUUCACUUUGCCAUUUGGGGAGAGUCAGGUGGCAAUCUGUGAUGGCAACUUCACCAUUCCAGAUAAUUCUCGGCAUUCACAGGACAUGCACUGCCUCAUCCGGUAUAUGCUUGAGCCAGACCCUGAUAAGAGACCUGAUAUUUAUCAAGUCUCCUACUUUGCAUUCAAACUGGCAAAGAAGGAAUGCCCAGUCCAGAAUGUUCAGAACUCUCCAAUCCCUGCUAAACUCCCAGACCCAGUCAAAGCAAGUGAAGCUGCGGCGAAGAAGAGUCAACCAAAGGCCAGGUUGACAGAUCCCAUUCCUACAACAGAAACUUCCAUAGCACCUCGCCAGAGACCUAAAGCAGGACAGACACAACCCAACCCUGGAAUUUUACCAAUUCAGCCAGCCUUGACACCUAGGAAGAGACCCACAGUCCAAGCAGCAAUUCAGCCUCAAGGGCCUGCUGCCCUGGGCAGUGGUCAGCCUUCGCUCCCUGCAAGUGUACCCCAGCAAAAAGCAGCACCGCAACCACCUUCAGUGCAGCCACAAGCCAAGCAGGCGCCCGCACUCCAGCAGGCAUCACAGGCACAGCCCCAGGUCCCUUCUGCUCAGCCCCAAGCCACACCUCAGCACCAACAGCAGCUUUUUCUGAAGCAGCAGCUACUGCAGCAGCAGCAGCAGCAGGCUGCAUAUUACCAGCAGCAGCAGGUGAUGCAAGCUCAGCAGUUCCCAGCUAAGCAGCAGGUGUCUCAACUACUGCUUGUUUCCCAGUUCCCAGUGAUGCAGCAGGGUGCACCAGCGCAGCAGCAGCUGAUGCAAAACUACUACCAGCAACAGCAGCAGCAGAUGAUGGCCCAGCAGACAGCAAUGCAGCAGAAGACAGCAGCAGCAGUUCAGCAAAAGCAACAGGCUCCAGCAGCACCACAGCCCCAGGCCCAGCAAAGUGCAGCCCAGCCAACACCACAGCAGGAACAAGCAAUGCAGGCACAAAUAAGGCAACAGCAAAAACCUCAAACCACACCACCUACCGCAGUUCAGGGGCAGAAGCUGGGUUCUCUCACCCCUCCGUCCUCCCCCAAGACACAGCGUGCAGGACACAGGAGGAUUCUGAGUGAUGUGACCCACAGUGCUGUUUUUGGGGUUCCAGCCAGCAAAUCUACCCAGCUCUUGCAGGCAGCUGCUGCUGAAGCCAGUCUCAACAAGUCCAAAUCAGCUUCCACUACGCCCUCGGGUUCCCCAAGGACUUCACAGCAGAAUGUCUAUAAUCCACCUGAUGUCUCCACCUGGAAUCCGUUUGAUGAUGAUAACUUCUCCAAACUCACAGCUGAGGAGCUGCUGAACAAGGACUUUGCAAAGCUAGGUGAUGGGAAAGCUCCAGAAAAGAUGGGCAGUUCCACAGAGAACUUGAUUCCAGGUUUCCAACCAGCUUCAUCUGCAGCCCAGGCAGAUGCGUUUGGCUCAUCUUCCUUCGUUGCUGGAUCAGCUGAAAAAAUGAAAGACAUUCUGAGUCUGGACGCUAGCCCUCCUCUUCUGACUGUGCCUGAUCCUUUCAUCUCUCUCCCAUUAUCUGACACUCCAGAAAAACUGAUUGAGGGACUCAAAUCUCCUGAGACUGCGCUUCUGCUCCCUGAUAUCCUGCCUCUCGCUGACCCUUUUGGUAGCACAUCAGAUGCUGUGAAUGGAAAACCUGAUGUAGCCGUUGAGAGCCUCAUACCGGGCCUUGAGGCUCCACUGCCCCAAUGCCUCGUGUCCCAGACUGAGUCGGUUGCUUCCAACAGGACAGACUCUCUCACUGGGGAAGACUCUCUGCUUGACUGUUCUCUGCUUUCUAACCCUGCUGCUGACCUCUUGGAUGAGUUUGUUCCUGUGGCUUUCACGGCUCAACCUCACAAAGAAGAUACUAACCUGAUAGCAGGCUUUGAUGCUCCUGAGGGCUCUGAAAAAGUGACAGAAGAUGAGUUUGACCCAAUUCCAGUGUUGAUAUCCAAAAAUUCACAAGGUGGGCAUUCUAGAAACAACAGUGGAAGCUCUGAGUCCAGUCUUCCCAACAUAGCCAGGUCUUUACUGCUGGUGGAUCAGCUCAUAGACCUGUAGCAGUGACACAGUAGCAGAUGCAGUUUCUGUAACGUACCUAAUCUUCCGUUUUCAUUUCCAGAGGAGUUACCUUCAGUUGUGGUUCUUUUUGCUGUGUUGUUUUUUUCUUCUUAAUUCAAAGAAAAACAAAUCUGCCAACAGGAGACAGUCACCCACAUUUCUCCCUGUCUUCCCAUGUUCCAGGAAAGAUUUUGUCUCAGUUCUCCAAGUAGUCCUCUCUAAAGCUGGUAUUAAAAAAAAAAAAAAAAAAAAAAA